CGUCACGGAGGGGCGGAGCUUCCCUACACACACACACACACACACACGGAGUCGCUGCGGACUGUUGUUGUUCGGCUCGACAUGAAGCUAACGGCUAACAGACUGAAGCUGAGUCGCUGUUAACCUCCAUCAUGUUCGUUAGCUCGGGUUAGCUCGGGUUAGCGCUCAUUAGCCCGGGUUGGCCCGGGUUAGCUUCAUGUGCUCCGGGAGGACGAGCUUAGCUUAGCUUAGCUUAGCUUAGCUCCGUUAGCUCGCCUUUGUGUUGUGGUUAGCUCAGCUGUUAGCCGUGUUAGCUGUGCGGUGUUACGUUAUCCCGGGUUAUCCCGGGUUAUCUCCGCGAUGUGUCGCUGUGUUCACGCCGUACAGGCCGGUUCUGUACCGGAGGGUCCGUUUACCAGCCCGGUUCUGUUGAGCUAAUAGCUAGCUCCUGGCGUUAGCUGCGGUGUCUUUGUUAGCACAGUUAGCAGCUAGCUGAGAAUACCUGUGUGUGUGUGUGGCACAUGCUAAGCUAACAGUGUGUCAGCUGUUUCCGGUCAGUGUGUCAGCUGUUUCCGGCCAGUGUGUCAGCUGUUUCCGGGCAGAUUUCCCACGUUAAUUAGAUCAGUUAAUGAUCAGCUGACCUGACCUUCAUCAGCAGCGUCAUCAUGGCCCUCACAGCGCGCGCCAUCUACCUGCUCAUCCUGUCAGGAUGCAUCGCUGCAUCUCAGAGGAACGACAACGUCUACGUGUCUGGAAUUUCUAACGCCUGUGGUGAUGUGGCUGAGCUUCUUCGGGCCUCCAGCGGUGUCAUCACCAGUCCCGGUUGGCCCUUUCAGUACCCGGCCCGACUGAACUGCAGCUGGAACAUCAGAGCCCGACCCGGAGACACCGUGACGAUCAGCUUCCAGGACUUUGACCUCCAGGGUUCCCAUCGGUGCUCCUCAGACUGGAUGUCCAUCAGCAGCUACAGGAGCCUGGAUGGGCUUCGGGUUUGUGGUUCUGCUCUGCCGCCUCCCUACAUCUCGUCCCAGGACCACGUCUGGAUCCACUUCCACUCUGAUGACAGUCUGACCGGGAAAGGCUUCAGACUGUCCUACAUCACCGGUAAGGCGGAGGCGUCCAGCUGUGACGUGGACCAGUUCCACUGCUCUAAUGGGAAGUGCAUCCCGGACUGGUGGCGCUGUAACUCGAUGGACGAGUGUGGGGACAGCUCAGACGAGGAGCUCUGUGUGGACUCACCUUUCUCCUUCCAGCCCUGCAGCCUCAACCAGUUCCCCUGCCUGUCCCGCUACACCCGCAUCUACACCUGCCUGCCCCACAGCCUGCGCUGUGACGGCAGCAUCGACUGCCAGGACCUCGGUGAUGAGAUCGACUGUGACGUUCCUACCUGUGGAGAAUGGUUGAGGAACUUCUACGGUUCCUUCAGUUCUCCAAACUAUCCAGACUUUUACCCUCCAGGAAGUAACUGCACCUGGCUGAUCGACACCGGAGACCACCGCAAGGUCAUCCUGAGGUUUACAGACUUUAAACUUGACGGGACGGGUUACGGCGACUACGUGAAGGUGUAUGAUGGACUUGAGGAGAACCCUCGCCGUCUCCUCCGGGUUCUGACGGCCUUUGACUCCAGAGCGCCUGUUGCUGUGGUUUCAUCGUCCGGCCAGCUCCGAGUUCAUUUCUACGCUGACAAAAUCAACGCCGCCAGAGGCUUCAAUGUCACCUACCAGGUGGACGGGUUCUGCCUGCCAUGGGAGGUUCCCUGCGGGGGGAACUGGGGCUGCUACACCGAACAGCAGCGCUGUGACGGAUACUGGCACUGUCCCAACGGUCGGGACGAGCUGAACUGUUCAUCCUGUCAGGAGGAUGAGUUUCCCUGUUCCCGAAACGGAGCCUGUUACCCUCGAUCGGACCGCUGCAACUACCAGAACCGCUGCCCCAACGGUUCUGAUGAGAAGAACUGCUUCUUCUGCCAGCCUGGAAACUUCCACUGCAAGAAUAACCGCUGUGUGUUUGAGUCGUGGGUGUGUGACGCUCAGGACGACUGUGGCGACGGCAGCGAUGAGGAGAGUUGUCCCGUCAUCGUUCCCACCAGAGUCAUCACCGCCGCUGUCAUCGGCAGCCUCAUCUGCGGCCUCCUAUUGGUCAUCGCCCUCGGCUGCACCUGCAAACUCUACUCGCUGCGAAUGUUUGAGCGCAGGUCGUUUGAGACUCAGCUGUCCAGAGUGGAGGCGGAGCUGCUGAGGAGGGAAGCCCCGCCCUCAUAUGGUCAGCUGAUCGCCCAGGGACUGAUCCCGCCAGUGGAGGACUUCCCAGUGUGCUCUGGGAGUCAGGCGUCCGUCCUGGAGAACCUCCGUCUUGCUGUCCGCUCUCAGCUCGGCUUCACCUCCCUCAGACUUCCCUCCUCCGGUCGUCAUAGCAACCUGUGGCGCCGUCUCUUCACCUUCUCGCGUUCCCGGCGGUCGGGUUCUUUGGCGCUGGUCUCUGCUGACUUGGAGGACAGCGCUGGCACUGGGAGCACUGGGAGUUCUGGUUCAGACUUGCUGUCUCCGGACUCGGAUGACACGGACGCAGAGGGUGAGCGUGGGCGGGAGCGUGGCAUGGGCGCGGUGGGUGGGUCUGUUGCCCCCCUGCCCCAGAAAACUGUGCCCCCCACAGCUGUGGAGGCGGUGGUAUCCGUGACGACAUCGGCGGCCUCGCUGAGCCUGACGCCCGGGUGCGAAAGAGGCCGCGACAGGGCCAGAGAGGCCCCUACCACCUCAAGCCCUGUUGCCGUGGUGACCUCCAGUCCAGACCCUGAGUGUCAUGGCGACACUGCAGAUCUUCAGCCUCCGCCCACCUCUGCCCUGCAGCGACUGGCCCAGAACCUGCACCGCCUUGCCAGAAACCUGACCAGAACCAGCCAGAACCAGCAGGACCAGGCCUGGACCAAUCACAGUCCACUUCGCCAGCUGGAGACAGGAAGAGGCGGGGCCGAGGCUGCCGAGCGACCGGGAAGUAGAGACGAAGAAGAAGACGUGGAGCUCCUCAUCCCCGUUUCUGACUCGGACUCCUCCUCCUCCGUCAGCGACGUCCGACAGCCGUUGCUGGAGCCACACCCCUCUUCCAUCACAGGACACACCUCCCGUCAUCACCAUGGAAACAGCAGUCGAGGAGGACGUGACGGCCCGUGCGAACACUGCGGGAUGGUCCACACGGCUCAGAUCCCAGACGCCUGCCUGGAGGCCACGAGCAAGACGGAGAGCAGCGACGACGAGCUGCUGCUGCUCUGCUAACAGGCUAACCUGCCGAGCUAACGUGUUAACAGGCUAACCUGCCGAGCUAACGUGCUAACAGGCUAACCUGCUGAGCUAACGUGCUAACAGGCUAACCUGCUGAGCUAACGUGUUAACAGUUUCACACCAAUCCUGACAGUUAGCUAACGUGCUAACUGGCUGGUUAACACUAAACCCUCAGACAGCGAAACGCCACGCGACCACCCCACACUGGACUACAGUUAGCCCGCUGGCUAAUGCAUUAGCCAACACGUUGGCUAAUGCGUUAGCCCGCUGGCCAACGCAUUAGCCAACGUGCUAACGCGUUAGCCAACACGCUUCAACUGGACUUAAAUGAUACUCUAACACCUGUUAGCAUGUUUUAGCAUGCUAGCUGGAUGAAAGGUUAGCUCUCAGUGAUGUCAUUGUUGAACGGACCAAUCAGAGACUGAUCGGGUUCUGAUGUUGGUACGACUAUAAAAACUGUUCCUCUUGUUCGGUCCGUCUGUUUAAACCGUCCCCUCGUCCCUCUGAGUGGACGACUUGCUCGGUACGACUUCAUCAGCACUGACUUCCUCCAAACUGUGUUCUGACAGAACCGAGUGAUGGUUCGAGAUGUUCUGAAUCUGCACCGUGGACAUGCUGGACUCGGGUCAGGUACAUCCGUUCAAAAGGUCCCACCUGUUGAAUCUAUUUAAAGAAUGAAAAGGGUCAUGUGACCAACAGAGAUGCUGUACUGUAAAACUACACCUCAGUCCAGACUUGAGUCCUCAGAAAAUAUCUUCAUACAGAUUUUAAUGGUACCUUCCUACAGUCCAGAUCCAGCAUUAGUCCGGCCCGGUACCGGUACCGGGAUGACGUCAUUUUUGUACUUUUGUAAAACCUUAGCGGUUGAUGCUAAAGCUAGCUGGACUACCUCUCCAGGUCACAUGGCCGUCAUCAUGCUCGUCAUACCGGCUGUCAGAACAUGGUUCCGGUUCCUGUUCCAUCCUAGUAUUAAAAAAGGGAAGUCAGGGAGGAGGUCCAGAUGAGUCCAAAAGAACAUUCUAGAUCAGACAAAACAAAAUAUGAGACAAGUCGUCAACGUGGAGGACUCCGAGAUCCAGAAUGUGGUUCUGUCUCAGCUGGUAGAGUGAAGGCUCAGGUGGGCCCAUGGUUCAGUAUCUGGAUCAAAGUUCUGGAUUACAAACGUUGAACUUGUCCAUGAUUUCCUCGUCCUCAAACUGAAGCCAUUCAAAUGGACCUGUCUGUAUUCAUGAUGUUUGUUUUUGGUACUCAGAUCUCAGCUUACCUCGUGUGAGUAUGACUGUGUAUAUUUAUUAUUAUAUUAUUGUUGUUGUUGUUGUUGUUGUUGUAGCUGUUUUUUCUGACCUGCAUGAUUCGAGUCGUUUGCUGUUUUUCUUUGAGUCUGUAAAAAAAGUAAAAAAACUGUAAAACUGCACUAAAGAUUAAAACUUCGUGUUUCA